CUGGAUUCACACGCUCUAAAUUUAGUCGUCUUAAAGUCAGACAGGACUGCAAGGGAGACUUCAAACUACGGCCAAGAAACACAGAAACUUUUUUUUUCCCCAGUAAAAGCUUUCUGUCCUGUGAGGCUCUCAGAUAGUUUCUGUGAAGCAGUGAUGGACUGACAGUGUGGAUUAAUUAAAGGCUUCGUCAUGGAAACAGUCAGGAAUCAAAAGGCUGUUCUGGUCGUCAUUUAAUCCGCCUCGCCACAGAUUUUUCUCUGCAGGUUUAAGGCACGUUUGCUCCACAGCUGACCAGCAGAAAUGAUACUCCAUCUGUCUUUUUUAGCUGUCUUCAGUCUGUUUGUGUGUCAGUGUCAUGGCGGCUGUGCAGAGGUGGACUCUCUGACUGAAGCUGUGGCCGGAGAAGGAUUCCUGCUGGGCUGCAUCUCCUGUAAGAGGAGAGAGGAGGUUUCAGGACAAGCCACCGUCGACUGGUACUUCAGACCGCUGGGUGAAGAAGACUUCAGACAUAUUUUCCACUACAACCACCCGACUGCCGACAUCCUCCACGAAGACUUCAGCGGCCGUCUGGAGUGGCAGGGAACCCAAAGCAGUGACAUUCAGAUCGGUGCUGUUUACAUGCACAACGUCACCUUCAACGACACCGGGACGUACCGAUGCACCUUCCACCGGACGCUCUUCCUGUCGCUGGCCAAUGAGCACGUCACCGUGGAGAAGGAGGUGGAGCUGACGGUGGUGGCUGUAGCCAAUCGGGAGCUGACUGCUGUGAUCGCAGAGAUCAUGAUGUACGUGCUGAUCCUGUUUCUGCAGCUGUGGCUCAUUGUGGUUCUGGUCUACUGCUACAGGAAGGUUUGGGACGAGCACGAAGCUCGGGAGGCUCGUAAAGCUCUCAAGGCUCAGGCGGAACUGUUGGAAUCAAAAGACAACUGUGACGGGGUGCAGCUGGAGUAAUGUAAGUGGUAAAAAAGAAAAAAUCAUCUCUGCAGGAGUCACGCUUCGUUGCUGCUACAGGAUUUUAAAGUCAGCAAAUUUGAAUACCUGAGUGGUAGACAGCGCAGUUUUUUAUUUAAAUACAGGUGAAUCUGGGCAUCUGAGGUGUUUUGUUUGUUUUUUUUAAAGGCCUUAAUGUAUUAUUAGCGACUUGCAAAAUAUCAGACAUGACAGUCACAAUUACCAGAAACCAAAGUGAUGCUUUUACUUUUAGUGCAAUAUUAGACUCCGUUUAAACAACACAAAGGAGACAUGAAGAAAUGCUGUGCUGCACUGACGAACUAAUCACACAGUUAACUAUUAUAUUUCUUCGGUUUUGUAGAUAGGAACUUUUAUCUGAUAUGCGAUCAUGGCCCGUGAUUAGUUUCAGUCUACGCUCAGCAUCAGCAGGAUGUCUUUAUUUACUAAAACUAACAUUCAAAAACACGCUGUCUUCGAUCUGGACUAUGACUGUUGCUGAAGUGACAUUUGUAUGACGUGUUCUGGACAAGACACAUUUCAAAUAAAGUUCAUGCAUGACGUUUGUGUCCAGAAUUACAGAGUUUGAAUGUAAAAGAACAAAUAGAACUAAUAAGAAUUACCUUAAAGUGACAAAAAAAGGUUAAAUUGACAGUGUGGGCCUGAAGUUUAGAGAAAGACCUACAUAUUUAGAGACAUUUCAUUUAACUUCAUUUUGUGUGUAAUUUAAGAAAGCUUAACAAAAAUAAUUUAAAUUUAACUGACUGCAUUAUUGGCAUGAAAAUUUUCCAGAUUUUUAUCUACAAUUUUAUAAAAACUGAAAACUACUGUAAAAAUUCUGAUUUUUUUACAGUGUACUUCAUGUCUGGUCAAGUUUGUAAAUGAACUUCAAUAAAGUUGGUGUUUUUGUUAA